AUGCAGACGCAUUACUGUUUAAAUGUAUCUGAGCGUGAGGCAGCAGAUACGCUCACAUACCAGAAACUGAAGACACCAAUGAACCGGAUAAGUAAUGGUCCACCAUUUAAAGAUGCCAGUGAUCCUCCUCUAAAUCAUUACAACGAAGAGGAGGAAGCGAAGAAAGCGGCUGAUUUAAAAAGUAAGACGGACGAACUGAGAGAACAGGAGAAACAGCUUUUUUACACGCUGAAUCAGAUCGCGCAGCAGACAACAGUGAAACGCGGGAUAGUAAUCCCAGUGUACGAUGGCAAUAUCAAACUGGCUAUUUCACUGGUGUUGGAAUUGCGCACCAUCGGCAUUAUGGAAUCAAUUGAGAUGCCGCAUUGCGGCAACCUGAACUCGGAUGUUCAGAAGACGUAUUUGGCAAAAAGCAGCUAG